AUGGCAGCAUCGGUUAUCCCAGGUGGCAGCAUUGGUUAUCCCAGGUGGAAGCAUCGGUUAUCCCAGGUGGCAGCAUCGGUUAUCCCAGGUGGCAGCAUCGGUUGUCCCAGGUGGCAGCAUCGGUUGUCCCAGGUGGCAGCAUCGGUUGUCCCAGGUGGCAGCAUCGGUUGUCCCAGGUGGCAGCAUCGGUUGUCCCAGGUGGCAGCAUCGGUUGUCCCAGGUGGCAGCAUCGGUUGUCCCAGGUGGCAGCAUCGGUUGUCCCAGGUGGCAGCAUCGGUUAUCCCAGGUGGCAGCAUCGGUUGUCCCAGGUGGCAGCAUCGGUUGUCCCAGGUGGCAGCAUCGGUUGUCCCAGGUGGCAGCAUCGGUUGUCCCAGGUGGCAGCAUCGGUUAUCCCAGGUGGCAGCAUCGGUUGUCCCAGGUGGCAGCAUCGGUUGUCCCAGGUGGCAGCAUCGGUUAUCCCAGGUGGCAGCAUCGGUUGUCCCAGGUGGCAGCAUCGGUUGUCCCAGGUGGCAGCAUCGGUUGUCCCAGGUGGCAGCAUCGGUUAUCCCAGGUGGCAGCAUCGGUUGUCCCAGGUGGCAGCAUCGGUUGUCCCAGGUGGCAGCAUCGGUUGUCCCAGGUGGCAGCAUCGGUUGUCCCAGGUGGCAGCAUCGGUUAUCCCAGGUGGCAGCAUCGGUUGUCCCAGGUGGCAGCAUCGGUUGUCCCAGGUGGCAGCAUCGGUUGUCCCAGGUGGCAGCAUCGGUUGUCCCAGGUGGCAGCAUCGGUUAUCCCAGGUGGCAGCAUCGGUUGUCCCAGGUGGCAGCAUCGGUUGUCCCAGGUGGCAGCAUCGGUUAUCCCAGGUGGCAGCAUCGGUUGUCCCAGGUGGCAGCAUCGGUUGUCCCAGGUGGCAGCAUCGGUUGUCCCAGGUGGCAGCAUCGGUUAUCCCAGGUGGCAGCAUCGGUUGUCCCAGGUGGCAGCAUCGGUUGUCCCAGGUGGCAGCAUCGGUUAUCCCAGGUGGCAGCAUCGGUUGUCCCAGGUGGCAGCAUCGGUUGUCCCAGGUGGCAGCAUCGGUUAUCCCAGGUGGCAGCAUCGGUUGUCCCAGGUGGCAGCAUCGGUUGUCCCAGGUGGCAGCAUCGGUUAUCCCAGGUGGCAGCAUCGGUUAUCCCAGGCUCGCAGGUGACGGUGGUGGGCGAUUGGGACCCCGCGUGGCUGGCACUGAGGGCGCUGGAGUUUGGGCGGCAGAGCAUCCGAUCGCCCUUUGAGUCCAACGUCAUUUAUAACUUUGAGCUCAUGGAAUGCAUCUUUGAUUACGCAUUUGAUAGACUGGGGGUGGAAGGCAGCGGCAGGGUAAACCACCCUGUGUUAUUGACCGAGGCGCCCUGCACGCCCCUGUACACACGAGGCAAGACAGCAGAGCUCAUGUUUGAAACAUACGGCGUGCCUGCGCUGGCCUUCGGAGUGGAUGGGGUGUUCAGCUAUCGCCACAACACCACACAGCACCACUCUGUACCGGACGGUCUGCUGGUCAACUGUGGCCACUCCACCACCCAUGUCAUGCCCCCCCCCUCCCUUGCUCUCGCUCGCACCUCCCCUUUCUCACUCCCUCACCCCUUCUCUGCUUCGUUGCCAGUUGGGCAGAUGAUCGCAGGGCAGCCUCUGCUGGACGCCACGUGUCGCAUUCCCGUUGGCGGAUGGCACGUCACUGACUACCUGAAACGCCUUCUCACGCUGCUGUAUCCUCAACAUGCCUCUGCCAUAACAUGGGAGCGAGCUGAGGAGAUGAAGUGCCGGAGUGUGUAUGUGGCCAUUGACUACUCACAGGAGCUCAAGACGUACCAGUCCCCAGACGCGCCAGUAGUUUCCUGGCAGCUUCCAUGGGUGCCACCCAUAACCCCCCAGGGCCCAUCAGAGGAGGAGCUGGCGAGGCGGGCGGCCAACAAGGAGCGCGCGGGGCAGCGCCUGCGAGACAUGGCGGCCGCCAAGCGGGCGGCAAAGCGGGCGGCGGAGUUGGAGGAGGUGGAGGGCGAGGUGGAGGGGUUGAGAGCGGUGAUCGAGGAUGUGGAGGACGGGGCGGAAGGGAGAGAGGCGAUCAUGGAUGAAUCAGUGCUUUACCCUCUGCUGGAUGUACCAGAUGCAGAACUGACGGCCGAGGAGCUGCGGGAGAAGCGGCGGCAGAGGACAAUGCGGGGGCUUGCGCUGGGGCAGGCGAGGAUGAAACAGGCAGCAGAGGAGAAACGGGCUAAGGCGGCUGCUGAGAGGGAUGAGGAAGAGCGGAAGAGAAGGGAGAACCCAGAGGUGUAUACAGCAGAGCUGAGGGCGCGGUUUCAGCAGCUGCAGGCGGCCUUGGAGCAGAGGAAGCGGAGGAAGAUGGGCGGAGGGGGGGUGGUGCUUGGUGCGGCUGCUGCGUCCCCAUCAGUGGGUGGCGGUAGCAGUGCCGCGGGAGGGGAGGAGUCUGGUGGAAAGGGCACGGGGUCAGAAGGAGGGGCAGCGGCAGCAGCAGCAGCGUCAGGCCAGGCAGUGAAGGGCGCGACUCUAGACAUCACUCCCCUGGGGGGACCUGCCAGCGCUCUUGCAGGGGGGACCGGCGUGGGGCUGGGAGGGGGCCUUGCUGGGAGCGUGGCUGGGGGCCGAGCAGAGCGAAUCACAGCCGCGCACAGGGAGAGGAUGAAGCUUCUGACUGCUGCUGCUUUUGAGAGUGUGGAGGAGGAAGAGGAGGAGGAGGCGGAGAGGGAGGCUGCAGAGCUGGAGAAACUGAGAACCCGGCUGCAGGAAGUUGAUCCAGCCUUCCUGAUCUCCAUCAAUGCUGCGCCUGCCUCAGCCCCAGGCACUGCUGCCACCAGCCUUUCUGGACCUGCCUCCUCGGUUCGGCAGCCCACCGACGCAGACUACCAGAUCCGGCUCGGCGUGGAGCGCAUCCGGGCAGCUGAAAUUAUUUUCGAGCCAUCUUUAAUUGGGCUCGACCGGGCAGGCUUGGGUGAAAGUUUGGGUGCAGCAGUGAGAAGAACAGCAGAGGAGCUAAGGAGCAAACUAGUCCCGUUGUACUCCAGAACCAAGUCAGCCAGUGGUGCUCUUGCCUUUGCCACUGCUGGUUCGGGCAUAGAAAACUUUCCGCCGAGCUUUCUCUUCCUGACCGGGGGAGGUUCGCUGCUGCCCGGAAUGAGGGGCAGGUUGGAGGCAGAGUAUCGGCAGGUGCUGCCAAUGGGGAGUGGGAUAAAGAUUGUGGAAGCUCGGGAUGUGUUCUGGGAUGCGUGGAGGGGGGCAGCAGCCAUGGCUGGGGAUGGGAGAAGAUUGCUGCGGCAGGCUGUGAGUCGGAAGGAGUAUGAGGAGCGUGGGCCGGAUGCAUUUCGACGAUACAACUUUGAUUACUUCUGA